AAGCCUUUUCUUUUAACCUGGCUUCCUUUGAAGAAGUGACUCAGGCAGCUUCAUGGCCUCUCAAGAUCCUCAAGGACAAAUAAACAAAAUCUUUCAGGAUUAUCUCCCGGGUUCUCCAGACCUUCCUAGCCAAAGUAAACCUAUUGAACCUACAAAAGCCUGGAAACAUGUACAACCUCCUCACAGCUUGCCUCCUGGUCUGGAAUACCUGAGCCAGCUGGACCAGAUAAUCAUUCACCAGCAGGUGGAGCUUCUUGAAGUCAUACUUGGUACUGAGACCUGCAGCAAAUAUGAGAUUAAAAACCAUUUGGGACAAAGAAUUUACUUUGCAAUGGAAGAAAAUGGUUGCUUUGAUCGUAACUUCUGUUCACCUAUACGGUCUUUCACGAUAAGGAUUACUGAUAACACCGGUCGAGAGGUGAUCACAGUGAAUAGACCCUUGAGAUGUAACAGCUGCUGGUUCCCUUGCUACAUGCAAGAGUUAGAAGUUCAGUCCCCUCCUGGUACAAUAGUCGGCUACGUUGUCCAGAACUGGGACCCUCUGCUGCCUAAAUUCACUAUACUGAAUGAGAGCAAAGAAGAUGUAUUGAAAAUAAUUGGCCCCUAUGCAACAUGCAGCUGUUUUGGAGAUGUAGACUUUGAGGUAAAAACUCUUAAUGAAAUGUCAACAAUUGGCAAGAUUUCCAAAUAUUGGUCUGGGUUUGUAAACAAUGUUUUUACCAAUGCUGCUAACUUUGGGAUCCAGGUUCCUGUAGAUCUUGACGUGAAAAUCAAGGCUAUAAUGAUUGGAGCUUGUUUCCUCAUAGAUUUAAUGUUCUUUGAGAACUCAUUGGAUGGAUUAUAACAAGCAAGAUGACAGAAACAAUAAAAUAUGCAGAAUGUGUUUCACAUGAAAGAUUAGAACUAAGGCUUGCAGCAUCACUCAUGAAAAGUCUAUGUUUAGAGAACUCUUUGAAGUUUUGCAAGUGAUGGUGCUAGUUAUUAACCAAAUAAGGUGGGACUUUCCAUUAUUUCAGAAGUAGCUUUCAGAUCUACUAUUAAUUAACAGUAACAAGCUGAAUAUAACAGUAAUAAUGUACUGGCAUUUCCCAAUGGGGAAGUUUUAAGAUGGAUAUGUGUUUGUGUGGGGACAGUGGAGGUGAUGGAACUUCCUGUUUGGGUUUAAGAGAUAUUUAACACAGCUAAGGUUUAUAAAUAACGUGAUUUUAUGACAAAGAUUUUUCAAAAAUGUGAGCCCAAGUUAAGUUUCGAAGUCCCUAAUUAGUCACAUAAACAAGUGACCUAUUUUCAAAAGAUUGGAGCAUCCAGAGUUUUCACUGAAGUCAGGCAAGCAUAUUUGAGUUUCUUGGCCGCAUUACAGAGAGAAAAAAC